AUGACCCGCGAACGCACGUACAUCAUGAUCAAGCCCGACGGCGUCCAGCGUCACCUCGUGGGUGAAAUCAUCAAGCGAUUCGAGACCAAGGGCUACAAACUCGUGGCGCUCAAGCUCGCGCGUCCGUCGGUAGAGCACCUGGAAGCUCAUUACGCCGACCUGUCUGGCCGCCCCUUUUUCCCUGCGCUCAUCAAGUACAUGAGCUCUGGCCCUGUGACGUGCAUGGUGUGGGAAGGCACGAACGUGGUGCUCGAAGGCCGCAAGAUGUUGGGCGCGACGAAGCCCACGGACUCGGCGCUCGGCACGAUCCGUGGCGACUUUUGCGUGGACGUCGGUCGCAACGUCUGCCACGGCUCGGACUCGGUCGACUCGGCUGAAAAGGAGAUCGCUCUGUGGUUCCCGGAAGGCCUCGUGGAUUGGAGCGCCUUUGACGACGAGUGGGUGUACGAGCAGUAA